AUGGAAAAGUUCCUUUCCGCAUACCUGCACGGCAAUACAUCGACAGUUUAUGUGCGAGGCAGUCCAUUUGGUCCGGACGACAAUGUGGCGACAGGCACACCCGAAUGGUUACGCAAAGCAUUACAGUCAUUAACGUUACGAGUACCGUUUCCUGGCACCAAGCAAUCGGACAUGAUCCAGUCACUCGAGCUGACGCAUAUUAAAAUCGACUUUUCGCCAGCGGGCAAUCCAGUGAUAUCCGGUGACAUUGACGCUGUGUUAAAGAAGCCUGACGAAAUGCAGUUUUCGAUCAACGUGACCGAAAUUGAUCCAAAGGUGUUUUUGUAUCUUGAGGCUAAUUCGAGUCAGCCUUUUGGCCGCCUGACAUCCAACAAGCCGUGUCCUGCAGUGACGACCGAGAAGGAUGGGAGUAGUCUUGUCAAUGUCAGCUCGAAAUUGCAUAGAGCACCGUUUCAGGUCUUGCCAGGAAAAGACAAGGAGUUCCAAAAGUUCCUCAACAGCAUCUUCAAUGGUCGCAGGGCUACCGUAUAUAUCAAGGGAACGGCGGAUGCAAUGGUCGACAGUGCGUUUGGCCACCUCACUGUCCAUGAUCUAGAGUUCAAAGGCGAAAUCGAUACAAAAGGUAUGGAAGGAAUGCAGAAUCCACCGCCGCAAGUGACCUCGAUCUCGUUGACAAGAGGGUAUCCAAACGCGCUGCAUAUUACAAAUGAUUUGCUGAUUGAUAAUCCCUCGGAUGUCCACGUUAACCUCGGUCAGGUAAAGUUUUUGCUGGUGUACAAGGACGAAGCCAUUGGCGAAGUUACCGUACCUGAACUCAAAUUGAGUCCCGAAACGAGCAACAGAAUGGUAAUCGAAGGGCGGCUUAUAAAGAAUGCUGAGAGCACCCGUAUGGUUGAUUUCAUUGGCAAUUACAUAUCUGGGGAAAACGAUACGCAGUUGACAAUAUCGGGUCGGCAUCCGGAUGCAACGCAAUCACCGCUGUUGAGAUCCGUUAUUGAGAGUCUCGAAUUUGUGGUCACUGCACCGCCUUUCGACGAAGAGCCGUUACUUGCAGCCAUGCAGAUGAAUAUUCUGUCCUCGACCACCAUUCUCUGGCUGCGAAACCCGUUUGCAGACAUCGGGAUCACCAUGAUGAAACUAAACGCGACCGCAUCGUACAAGGCUCAAGAGAUCGGCAGCGCACAAGCGGAUUUCAAUGACCAGGGCCAAGGAUGGGUGGGCCCGUUGAUCUUGCCGCCUAUCAUGUGUAGUAGAGGACCGAUGGACGCCGGCAACAACUGCAGUGGUGUUGUGGUGGAGACGCCAAAGAUACCAGUAGUGACGAGAAAACUGGGAUUUGAGGCGAUAAAAAAGGCGCUCGGUGGCGAGAUCGAAGUGUCAGUGCGUAGCGUUGUCAGCAUCAAGAUUGAUGAACUGCUGCUGGACAAUCUGCUGUAUGAACGGGACAAUCUGACCGCCAAGAUCAGCAAAGGAUUUUGA